AACUAACCCCGACGAAGAAGAAGAAGAGGAGGAAGAGCAAGAGCUCUGCUCGUGUUCUCUGUGCAGAAUCUAUGGUGAUUCAUCCAAAACAAGCGCGCGGAAAGAUGGAUGUCAACAUGAGGAGGAAGAGGUCUACCUUUGUUUUCAUUGCAGCCACUUCCUUCUAAAUCACGGUUUACUGAUUUGUGUUGUUGCGGUAACUGAAUUCUGUGAACUGAACGUUAGUUUUCUUACUUGCUGACAACAUGUAUGACAGCUAGCUAGCUGGUUUGUCAGACGCUAGCCAUCUAGUUGUAGCCGGAAUUUGAUUUGAUGAAAUGGUGCUACCAGAGAAAACAGAAUCAACAAACAGAAUAUAGACCUUAUACAGACAGACAGUGCACCAGCUUAGGGUGUUUUCUUCAAACAGUCGAGAUGACGGAUGCAAGCUCUGAACCAGCUGGAAUCAUCAAGGCCAUUGACAGGCACUCUGUGCAUCAGAUCUGCUCUGGACAAGUUGUGUUGACCCUGGCUACAGCUGUCAAGGAACUGGUUGAAAACAGUAUUGAUGCAGGGGCCACCAAUGUUGACAUUAAAUUGAAGGACAGCGGAACAGAGCUUGUGGAAGUGUCUGACAACGGCAAAGGAGUGGAAGAGGCUAAUUUUGAAGGACUAACCUUAAAGCACCACACAUCGAAGCUGAAGGAUUUCUCUGACCUUAUUCACGUGGAAACAUUUGGCUUCCGAGGGGAAGCCCUCAGCUCUCUUUGUGCCCUCAGUGACCUCAGUGUUGUGACCUGUCAUGAAGCUGCACAGGUGGGCACCAAACUGGUGUUUGACCACAACGGUCACCUGACCCAACGGUCGCCCCACCCCAGGAAGCAGGGCACCACGGUCAGCCUGUCGCAGCUCUUCUACACCCUGCCCGUCCGACACAAGGAGUUCCAACGCAACAUCAAAAAGGAAUACACCAAGAUGAUUCACAUGCUCCAGUCCUACUGCAUCGUCUUAACAGGGGUUCGUAUCACCUGCACCAACCAGACGGGACAGGGCAAACGCACCCCGGUCCUCUGCACCAGCGGCAGGCAGAGCAUGAGGGACAACAUUGGAGCCAUAUUUGGCCCCAAACAGUUGCAGAGUCUGCUUCUAUUCCAGCAGCUCUCACCAACAGACAACAUCAAGGAGGAUUAUGGACUGAGUAAUGCAGACCUACCCAAAGACCUCUUCGCAAUCUCCGGUUUUGUGUCGCGAGGGGAUCAUGGUGUCGGGAGAAGUGCCACAGACAGACAGUUCUUUUACAUCAACAACCGCCCGUGUGAUCCUUCUAAGGUCUCCAAGGUUGUGAAUGAAGUGUAUCACACCUUUAACAGACAUCAGUAUCCGUUUGUUGCAUUGAACAUCACUGUUGCCUCAGAGUGUGUGGAUGUGAACGUCACUCCAGACAAGCGUCAGAUCUUCCUCCAGGAGGAGAAACUCCUGCUAGCCGUCAUGAAGAGCUCUCUCAUCGCCAUGUACGAGACUGGAGUCAACAAGAUCAGCCUCAACCACAUGUCCUUCUCCACCACCAGUAAACACACUUUACAAGAUUCCUACAGACCAGCAGAGCCUCCAUCUGAUAUAGAAGAAUGCCAGGUUCCAUCAUCUGAGAUGGCUCCUGAAGCUGGAGAUGAUUCAGAAUCUGUUAUACCAAGCCCCCAGUCUUCUCUCAACUUGGCUGGAUUGAAGGCUGCUUUCUCUAUGCACAACAGCCCAGGCAGUGGGUCCAAGUCGAGCACUGCUAAAUCUGCUAACACUGGUACAACCCAGAAGAAACUGCAGUCUUUCUUCAGAGGCUCUGACAAGAGUCAGAACACACACGGGCCAAGUUUACAAUCUCCUUUGAAAAUCAGUCGAGGUGCAGUGAAAUGUUCCCCUGUGGGGAGGUCUGUGCUGGAGGGGUUCAGGUAUGGAAUGACGCCGGACAGCGACUCUGGCAGAGAGAGCGUCCUGUCGGAGCACAGCUCCCCCACAGCCACCCCAGAGAGUCUCUCUGCUACUACAGGGUCAGAGUUCAACUCACCAGACAACAUAGUAGAUGACGAACCCAUUAUAAAAAGCGAGGCACUCAAUGAAGCUUUCAACGAGGAACGCACAGUUGCUAAGCACUUCGACCGGCCGAUUGAACAACGUAUUUCAGAGAUGUCUGAGGAAAUGAGCUUCAGUCCCAACGCCAAGAAGGCCAAACUAGAGGAUGGUCAGUUCUCCUUAGAGUACAAGACCACACAUUCAGUCGGUUCUGAAGGAUCCUCUGUGUCUAAUGUGGACGCACCAGUCUGUGUACAGAAGAGGACAGUGCCACUGCAGUUCUCUGUACAGGAGCUGUUUGGGAGGGUGAGAAGGCUUCAGGAACAGCGUAGAGGGAAGGCUGAAGACAGGCUGCGCUACAGACGCUUCAGAGCCAAAAUCAGCCCUGGAGAGAAUCAGAGUGCUGAGGAUGAGCUGAAGAAAGAGAUAUGCAAAGACAGUUUUAAGGACAUGGAGAUAAUCGGCCAGUUUAACCUGGGCUUCAUCAUAACUAAGCUCAACUCUGACAUCUUCAUGAUAGACCAGCACGCCACCGACGAGAAGUACAACUUUGAGAUGCUUCAACAACACACUGCACUGCAAGGACAGAGACUCAUUGUUCCACAGAAUCUCCACCUCACAGCAGUCAGCGAGAACGUUCUCAUGGAGAACCUUGAGAUCUUCAGAAAGAAUGGCUUUGAUUUCCUCAUAGAUGAGGAGGCCCAGGUGAUGGAGCGGGUGAAGCUGGUGUCCCUGCCAACCAGUAAGAACUGGACAUUUGGUCCGGGGGACAUCGAGGAGCUUAUCUUUAUGUUGAGUGACAGCCCAGGGGUCAUGUGUCGGCCAUCUCGUGUCAGGCAGAUGUUCGCCUCCAGGGCCUGCAGGAAGUCGGUGAUGAUCGGUACUGCUCUGAGCACCAGUGAGAUGAAGAAGCUUGUGGUUCAUAUGGGGGAGAUAGAGCAGCCUUGGAACUGUCCACAUGGCAGACCCACUAUGAGACACCUUGCAAACUUGAACAUCAUCUCAGAAGACUGAAGUUCACAUUGGUUUCUCAACUCAGCUGGACCAGCUCAAACAGAUACACUGAAUACCUCUCUAAACAGUGUUGCUUUUCACCCCCAAAACAUUGACUAACUCAUUAUGUAAAACCAAGCACUGUUAGGUUUUUUAUCUCCAUUUUUUUCCAAUCUUAACGUUUCAUCAAGUUGACGCUGCAUGUUCAGCCUCCAAAUUUGUUUUAUACUUCUACAAAAUGUAUUAUUUUAAGUACGCAUUCAAUAAAAUAAU